CUCCGCCCAGUCCGCGGCUCCCGGCCGGCCUGGGGAAUCAGCUAAGCGGCCGCAGCUGGAGGAAUCCCCUGCUGAGAGCCGCGUGUCUCCCGGAGCUGGCGGGCGCCCAGGGCCAGGCGCGUGGGGGAAGCCGAGGCCGCGGCGUUGGCGCCCUGCGCGGUCUCCUGUCGCGCCACUGGGGCUGACGUCGUUCCCCCGGCUGAGAAGCCACGUGCUAGGAGUGAUGUCAAACUUUUUCCUAUUACAAACUGAUGGAUUUUCCAUAUCUCAACUGACAGUAUUGAAGCUGUCAAAUCUAGUUCCCGUUGUCUCCUCCGCUAAUACAAGUGCAUUAUUCACUUAGAUUUCUCCCAAGAUGGAUACUGAUAAUUUAACAGGUUAACUACUCUUGUGCAAGAAGGUUAGGCGUUCCUACAUAAAGAGAAUCUGUAACAUAACUUCCCCUGUACACGGAGAACCAGUUUUUCCCGAUUCCGGAGCUACACGGUUCUCUCGAUUCUGCUAACAGUAUUUCAACAAGGUGCUAGAAUAGUACUUUGUGCAUUUAAUACUCAUAACCACUCAGAUUUGAAACAAAUCUGUAUUCAUGAAGAGUGACUGCAUACGAACCACAAUAUGUCAAGAAAGAAAAAAAGAUCCAAUAGAAAUGCUUCAUUCUGGGCAGCUGGUAAAAGUCUGUGCCCCAAUGGUUCGAUAUUCAAAGUUGGCUUUUAGAACAUUAGUAAGAAAAUACAGUUGUGAUCUGUGCUAUACACCAAUGAUAGUUGCUGCUGAUUUUGUCAGAUCUAUAAAAGCCCGAGACAGUGAAUUUACGACAAACAAAGGUGAUUGCCCAUUGAUUGUUCAGUUUGCUGCUAAUGAUGCAAGACUUUUAUCUGAUGCUGCUCGUAUUGUCUGUCCUUAUGCGAAUGGAAUAGACAUUAACUGUGGUUGCCCUCAGAGGUGGGCAAUGGCAGAAGGUUAUGGAGCUUGCUUAAUAAACAAGCCAGAGCUUGUUCGAGAUAUGGUGAAACAAGUAAGAAAUCAAGUGGAAAAUCCCAGAUUUUCAGUAUCUAUUAAAAUAAGGAUCCAUGAUGACCUUACAAGAACUGUAGAUCUUUGUCGAAAGGCUGAGGCAACAGGAGUUUCUUGGAUUACAGUCCAUGGAAGAACUGCUGAAGAAAGACAUCAGCCUGUUCACUAUGAGGCCAUUAAAAUAAUUAAGGAAAACAUGUCUAUACCUGUAAUUGCUAACGGAGACAUCAGAAACUUAAAAGAAGCAAAAAAUGUGUGGCAUAUUACUGGGACAGAUGGUGUGAUGGUUGCAAGAGGACUCUUAGCAAACCCGGCCAUGUUUGCUGGAUAUGAGGAAACCCCACUGAAGUGCAUCUGGGACUGGGUUGACAUUGCUCUUGAACUUGGAACUCCAUAUAUGUGUUUCCAUCAACAUUUAAUGUACAUGAUGGAAAAGAUAACUUCAAGGCAGGAAAAAAGAGUAUUUAAUGCUUUGUCAAGCACAUCAGCAGUCUUAGACUACCUUACAGACCAUUAUGGGAUUUGACUGGACUUCCUAAAUUAUUUUAAUAUUUACUUCGUUUUAUAUCUACAGUGAAACCACCCACGGUCACAUUUUAGUUUCUACUUAAGUCAGUGUCUCUCACACAUUAGCAUAAAAACAGUACCCUGAGAACAUUUUAAAAAGUUAGGCCUAGACCCCAUCCUCAGAGAUUCUGAUUCAGUAGAUCUCUAGGGUGGAAACAAAAUUUAGUUUUAAAGAGGACCCCAGGUAGAUCAAACAUCCUGGUCAUCCUACCAAACAUUGACAAAUACUGCUCUGAAUCCUGUUACGGAUUUAAAAACAAAAACAAAAAACCUCAGAAUUUUUUUCCUAAAGGAAUUGUGUUUUUAACAUGUUUAAAUAAAUAAAACUUUUUAUUUUAAUACUAAAAGUAUGAGUCCUAUAGUACUUAUAAGUUAACAGGAAGCAUGUUUGAGUGAAAAUAAGUGCAAAGUGACAGAAUGAAUGCCAAUUCUAUAUAAAAUGAAAAGGAACAAGAAAUUCUCUAUACAAUUACUUUCAGGGCUUAGAGUAAAAAUUCAAAUUGGAAAAUCAAAUUGGUACUUCCUAAUUCAUGAAUGACACCUCAAGGUAUUUGUUUUAAACUGUAUGUAACUGAAUUUAAUUAUGUGUGAUGUUUUCAAUAAUUUAAAACUAAGAUCCAUGAAACUCUUUAAAUGACAUUAACUUCACUACGUUUCAAGUCUUCUAGAUCCUACAAGAUUGAGAGCUUGGUAAAUACACCUGUACCUAAAAUGAUAAAAUUAGUUUUAGUCCCCCACUUUUUAGGUAUAAAAUUUUGGUAACCAAUCUGGCAAUGAUUAUAUAUUUGAAAUAUUUCUUAGAGAAAUUUUUUAAUUUAAAAAC